UAAGGACCUUUUAUUUACGUUCCAUUGAGAGUUGAGAUCGGGAUAAGGACAAAAGUUGGGGAAGAGAAAGAGAUUGAGAAUUUCCCUUUGUUUUCUUCGGAUCGAAUUGUGUUCUUCUGAAUUCCUAAUAGGGUAUCUGUGAAUUCUCUCCCCUAAAUUUUCUAAAACCCCAAUCGCCAUUCAGAACUUGUAGCAAUUUUGUAUCUGUGUCCGUACUUAUGGAGGUCUCAGCUAUCGCCGAUGCUGUUGCAGUGACGACGACCCAUUGUAUUGGGUUUUCGAAUUCCAUCCUUGGACCCCAUUGUUGUAAUUCUCUGAGUCACCUCUCUAUCCUUUGCGGUUCCUCGUCCGAACACGCCACCGGAAUUCUUUCAAUCACGGCCGGAAUCUCCGCCGUUAUUGCUCCGCCAGCAAUCAGAUCGAAUACCUAUAGAACCGCUCCCCGGACGUUCACUAGGCAGCGGAGGCGGACGAGGAGAAGAUCUUCCACAGGAGACAGUGACGACGGUGCGGAGGAUGGAUUUUUUGGCGAUGGCGAUGAUGGUCCGUUUGGCGGGGGGCAUAGCGGGGGCAGCGGUGGAAGAAGAUGGAAUUUUGACGGAUAUGGGGGGUUUGAUUGGGAGGAGUCUUCUUAUUCAUCUUUUUCUAUUCCUGCUCUCGACUUUAUCUACGAGGUAAUUUGCUGGAUUGCUCUUUCUAAUUGCAUGCACUUUGCGUUCAAGAAGCUCGCACGGAUUGUGGCAGAUGGGAUUGGCGAUCCUUCUAGGGAUAAGGUUCCAAUGAGAUUGGUAUCGAUGUGCUGAAGUGGAUUUCUUGCCUCGAAUAUUUUUUUACUUCGAGGAUAGUUGGGGAUUUUAUUUGUCAAUUUAGGUCAUGAAGUUUGAUAGUUUUCCUUUCGAUUAUUAUUGUAUAUAUGCAUAUAUCUUCUCACUCGCGCUGUAGAUAACCUUUCUAUGAUCUGUGGAUGUACAUUGUCUACAGGCAGUAGCUUUAUUGUCUGAUUUAUAAAUUCAAAACUAAGUAUUUGUUAGGAA